GUCAGCAGCUACUCACUUAGUAUUACCUUCCUGAAAAUAAAAUGUUCAAAUUACGCUGUUUAAUUUUUGGUUGCAUUAUCAUUUUUAUUCAAAAUGCCAUAGGCGAUUUGAAUUUUCCAAAGAAUUUUGUAUUUGGUGUAGCUACUGCUGCUUAUCAAAUCGAAGGAGCAUGGAAUGAAAGUGGAAAAAGUGAAAGUAAUUGGGAUCAUAGAACGCAUUUUCAUCCUGAACAAAUAAAAGAUCAUUUGAAUGGUGAUAUAGCGUGCGAUUCUUAUCACAAACUUGAUGAAGAUUUAAGAUUAAUUCGUGAUCUGGGUGUGCAUUCAUAUAGAUUUUCAUUAUCUUGGGCACGAAUUUUACCAGAUGGUUUUUCAAAUCGUAUAAAUCAAGAUGGUAUUCGCUAUUAUAAUGAAUUAAUUGAUGGUCUAAUUGCGUACAACAUUACCCCUUUAGUGACCAUUUACCAUUAUGAGCAUCCACAAGCAUUGCAAGAAUUGGGUGGUUGGUCAAAUCCAUUAAUGAUUGAUUGGUUUGUAGAUUAUGCAAGAGUAGCGUUUGAACUUUUUGGUGAUCGUGUGAAAAUGUGGAUUACUUUUAAUGAGCCGCAUGUAUUUUGUGAAAUAUAUACAAAAUCAGAAAUGUCCCACGGUCAUGUACCAUAUUUAUGUGCUUACACGGUUUUAAAAGCACAUGCCAAAACAUAUCAUAUGUAUAAAAAGGAAUAUUUUUUUCGUCAACAUGGAGAAAUUGGAAUUGUAUUAGACAUAGAAUGGUAUCAACCAAAAACGAAUACAACCGAAGAUAUUCAAGCUGCAAUACGUGCCUAUGAAUUUGAUGUGGGUUUGUUUGCCAAUCCAAUAUUCGCCAAAAAUGGUGAUUAUCCAACUGUAGUAAAAGAACGUAUUGCAUACAUGAGCGCCUUACAAAAUUUUUCACAAUCUCGUUUACCACAGCUUACAUCAAGAGAAAUUAAAACGAUUCAAGGUGCAGCUGAUUUUCUUGGUGUAAAUUAUUAUACAACAUAUUUAGUAUCGGAAUCAAAUUCGACUAGUUUAGAAAGUACCUACGAUACUGAUGUUCAUGUAAACUUAGAAGGUGAUCCAUCUUGGCCCGGUAGUGAAACUGUAUGGUUAAAAGAUUUUCCAAUCGGUAUAUAUAAUUUAUUAAUGUUUAUCAAAGUUCAAUAUGAUAAUCCAAAAGUUUAUAUUACCGAAAAUGGAUUUUCCGUGAUUGAUAUGCAAGACGAUGCACGCAUACAUUACUCCCAAGGAUGUUUGGAAUAUAUUUCAAAAGCUAUUGAAGAUGGAUGUAAUAUUGUGAGCUAUUAUGUUUGGAGUUUAAUGGAUAACUUCCAGUGGCUAUCUGGAUACUCUGAACAUUUUGGAUUAUAUCAUGUAAACUUUUCUGAUCCAAAUCGUACACGCACGCCUAGAGCUUCUGUUUCUUGGUACAAGAAUUUUAUUAAAAGUCAGAAAAGCAAGUGGCAAUACAUUGGAUAACCAAAAGUUUGAUAUAUCUCUUUGAAACGAACCCGAAUCUAGUGUCAUCGCGGCGACCACCAUACCUCUUAAUCACAGAUAGAUGUUAUCUAUUUUAAAUAAA